AUGGAACAAGACGAAAAAUUGCAAGAUAUAUUCAUUAUCAAUGUGGGAGCACUUCUUCCUAGAAAUGAAUGUCAAAUUCAAAUUAUGUAUGUGACUGAAUUAGAUCUUGUUAGUCGAAAUAAAAUUCGUUUUAUUGUAUCAACAACAAUAGCACCACGAUGUAAUCAAUCAUUUGGUGGUAUUUCAUCUCCUGCUAGUACACAAGCAAAAUAUGUUCAAUCAGUACCGUACACAAUCGAUUUUCAAUGUCAAAUUGAUAAACUACAUGGUGAAAUAAAGAGUGUUUCAUCAUCUUCACAUUCAAUUGCAAUUCAAUUUAAUGACGACACAUAUUCGAUAACAUUUGAUCAAAAGAAUACAUUUAUGGAUCGA